AAUUAGCGUAAACAUGGCGUCCCGUGUGAGGCGCGAAGAGCGAGGGACAGGUCCAGUUCUGCACUUAAACUCCCUCUUCAAGCCUUGUCCGCUUUUAGUAGCGUUGUGUUUGAUGGUGCUGCCUGUGUCGGCCAAGCGGGAAAACCUGAAAGUGAUCACAGACGGAAACUGGGAGGAGAUUUUGGCGGGCGAGUGGAUGAUCGAGUUUUUUGCUCCUUGGUGUCCAGCCUGCCAGCAGCUGCAGCCAGUGUGGAAUGAGUUUGCGGAGUGGGGGGAGGACUUGGGGGUCAAUAUCGCUAAAGUGGAUGUCACAGAGCAGCCUGGACUGAGCGGCAGAUUCAUUAUAACAGCACUGCCGACCAUUUACCACUGUAAAGAUGGAGUUUUUCGGCGGUACCAGGGUGCACGCACCAAAGAUGACUUCCUGAGCUUCAUUGAUGAGAAGAAAUGGCAGAGCAUUGAACCAAUUUCCUCAUGGUUUGGUCCCUCCUCUUUCAUGAUGAAUAUGAUGUCUGCUCUCUUUAAGCUCUCCAUGUUUAUAAGGCAAUGCCAUAACUACCUUACAGAGCAAGUGGGGAUUCCAGUGUGGGGCUCUUAUGUCAUUUUUGCAUUGGCAACACUUUUCUCUGGCCUUGCUCUAGGACUGGUGCUGGUGUUCAUUGCUGAUUUUGUUUUCCCAUCUCGCCGCUUUUCUUCUCCAGCUUACUAUCAGAAGAAACAUGCCGUGGAGCAGGCACGUCUUUUGCAGCAGUUGGAGGAAGAGCAAGAGGCAGAUGGAGAAGAAGAGGAGGAGGAUGAAGAUGAAUAUGGUGGGAGAGAGGAGGAAUGGCGGAGAGGAGCUGCAGCAGAGGAUGCUGUGAGGAGAAGAGCAGUGGGAGGAGAGGAGGAGGACACCUAGAGGCCUGGAGAACAACUGUGGACUACAACAGCACACAGACCAAACUGCUACAAAACGCACGCCCGAGCCACCAUGGCAUCACUCACGGGCCUCCUGAUGACAUCACUGGUGAUGUCAUUGCUGUCUCACCAUGUGCUUAUCCUAAACCACUCCCCUCCAUUCCUCAGCUCCACCUUCCUUUCCUAUGGAGAAAGAGAGAAAGACAGAAGGGAGGGAGGGCUGAAGGGAGGGAGAGAGAGAGAGAGAGAGAGAGAGACAGGCAGGGGCCAGGACAUGGAGAGUGUUGAGAUUUAUGAUUGUGAAAUGAAACUUUUAGCUUGUACUGCCCAUCUAACCUUGCAGCAAACUAACUGCUAUCUGCUAAUGAAUAAAUGUUGAGUGUGACAUGAGUUUAGAGGACCACUGGGUGAGCGAACACAGUAAAGCUUUACAUGUGUUGUUUGGAUUCAAGGCUGUUUUUGUGCUUUUUGUAUUAUUUUAUUAACUAAGUUACUUUUGAGUCUGGUACAUUUUUGAAUCAGUUCUGCUCACCUGAAAUUGGUAGUUGCUGUAUCAGUUAUUCUUAAAGGAUAACAUUUUCCAGACAUUUUUGUCAGUGUGAUUUUGCUGGGUUUUAUGUAUAUAUGUAUGCAUUUUAUGUGUGAGUGCCUGAUGGCUUUGUUGAGACCCACUGGUCCAUUAGACCCUUGGUUCUUAACUCCAGUGGUAGGGACCCACUGCCCUGCACCACUUCAUCUAUUCUGUGUCCAAGCACACCUAUUUCAGUUCAUAAAGGGCUUCAUAAUUAUCUUAAGGGGUUGGAUUAGGCGCGCUGGAGCAUGGAAUACUUGAUGCUGCAGGGCAGUAGACUACAGCUGUGUGAGGUAUAAAUCUCAGCAUUCUGAUCAGAACAUUGUGCGCAGGGUGCUCAGCUCAGGCAUUAGCCUGUUGUUCUACAGGAAGGCUCUCAUUGUGUGAUUUUUCCAAAUAAAGCGAAGUUUGAUGCUUA